AUUGUCAUCUCAGAGAAGGGCAAGGAAAUGGACAAACGUCUCGACAAGCACGAAACCUUUGAGUUUGGUGGACCAUGGGGUGUUGUGGCUAUUAUGACCGGCUUCCCCAUCCUCAUGUACUACCUUUGGAUUUGUCUUUGGUUUUAUGACGGAAAACUCGUCUACCCUACUUCCGCGGACGACAUUCAACCGUUCUUGCUGAGAAUGUGGGAACACGUCCGAAAGGACGCAAGCCCAAACGCCUACGCGUGGAAAGUCUACUCGGGCAACUUUUUCUUCCAACUAUUCAUCGCUUGGGUAUUGCCUGGUUAUCCGCAAGAGGGCCUUCCCGUUCCUUCGCUGGGGUACAAAACUCUCAUGUACAACUGCAAUGCACUUCAAUGCUUGUACGCCACACUCAUCACCUCGGGAUUGCUGCACUACUAUAAUAUCUUCCGCCUGACGGAAAUAAUCGACAACUAUGGACAUCUCAUGACUGUUUCCAUGAUCUACGGCUUUGGUGUAUCCCUUAUUACAUAUCUCUAUGCGGUCCUGACUAACACUCAAAUCCGAAUGUCGGGCAACUUCUUCUACGACUACUUCAUGGGGGCUUGCCUAAACCCGCGUCUGGGACCUAUCGAUUUGAAGAUGUGGGCUGAAGUCCGGAUUCCAUGGGUCAUCGUAUUCUUCUUGUCCGUUUCCGGUGCUUGCAAGCAGUACGAGACCUAUGGUUAUGUUACACCUAACAUGGCUUUUAUGAUCCUUGCUACUGGAUUCUAUAUCAAUGCAUGUGCCAAGGGUGAGGAGUGCAUCCCUCAGACGUGGGAUAUUUUCCACGAAAAAUGGGGUUUCAUGGUUAUCUUCUGGAAUUUCUCUGGCGUUCCUUUCUCUUACGUCUACUCUGUCGUCUACAUGGCUUCGCACGAUCCCUCAUCAUACCGAUUCACCACUGGUGGAUACAUUUUCAUAUAUACCGUUCUAUGCACAGCUUACUACAUCUGGGACACCGCCAUGGCACAGAAGAGUCACUUCAAGAUGGAGACGCAGGGCAUCACCACAUUUCGCAAGACCUUCCCCCAGCUUCCCGGUUGCUUUGUCAAAAAUCCUACCUUCAUCCAAACCGAACAUGGUAACCGUCUCCUGACCAGUGGUUGGUGGGCAUACUCGCGCAAACCCAACUACGUUGCCGACUGGACCAUGAGCUUGACUUGGGGGGCCAUCAUUGGCACAACGACCAUCAUUCCGUACUUCUACUCGAUGUUCUUCAUCGUCGUUCUCCUACACCGAUGCACUCGCGAUUUUGAACGUUGCUCGAUCAAGUACGGAAAAGACUGGGAACGUUAUUGUGCUGUUGUAAAAUACAAGUACAUUCCUGGUAUUUAUUAACGUUAUGGAUCAGUAACAUCAUACCGGUAUAUAUUGUUUUUUUCACCUGUUAGGUGUUC